CAAACGGGAGCAGCUGGUGCGGCGUGCAGAGGAGAAGGUGAAGGUGAAGGUGAUGGAUGGGAGCAAGUACAGGGCGAAGGGCUCUGCCAUGGUCGGUGCCAGCAAGAAGGUUGCCUAUGUCCUUCUGCUGCUGCUGGCGCUGGCCGCCGCCGCGCUCAGCGUCGUCGUCCUGCACAAGGUCAGGGAGCGCCGCGCGUUUGCUGUUCUUCUCCGGGAGCGCGACCGGCAGCUCAUCUCCACGCGGAUCCUCCUCCAGAAAGAGAAGGCGUUUAACAAGGAGAUGAAGAGGAAGUUGGAAGAACUGAAGGCCACAACAUCUUCCCUAAGGACUCAGAAGACAGACCUGAAAACGAAGAUCAAAGGACUAGAAGCCACAGCCACAACUCUGAAGAACAGAGAGAAAGAACUGGAAGCAGUUCUCGCAGAGAAAAAUAGCCGCGUCAGUCAAAUGGAAGCAACUCUCACAGAUAAAAACAGCCACAUCAGACAAAUGGAAGAGAGAGCCGCAGGCACAAAUCCUGACCAGAUGGCAGCUCUGAUGGAGCUCCUGCAGCAGAAGGAAGCCGAGCUUGAAGAGAUCAAGGUCAGGUUCCAGGAUUACAAGACAACGGAACGGAAGAGCGUCGGCAGUAAGAGCACUCAUGUUCAAUCAAACAACGCAAAUGCAAGACCUGACAAUGCUGUAGUCGAAAAGGUCACAAGCUCCAGUGAUGCUACACCCACUAGAGCAGAAGAAAAGAGUUCUAAGAAUACCACAACAGCAGAAAGUAGACACCCAAAAGACACAUCUUUAGAAGAAAAGCAAGUGAAAUCUGCAACUAGCAAGGAAGAAGAUGGCUUACAAGACAAAACAGAUGAUGCCAUUGAAGAUAUUGAUGAUAUCUACGGGGAAAGUCAUUCAAAGAAGAUCGAAUUUCCUCGGCGGAACAAAAAGUUUUUGACUAACAGUGGAGUAGACAGCCAAGAUGAAGAACUGCAUAGGAUAGAACACCCAGGGAACUCCCUAGACCAGGACAGUGAUCGCGUCAGGUACAAUAAACUGUUGGAGAAGGAAAUUGAUAAAGUUUCUGGUGAAACCAAGAAUAAAAAGAGUAUUGAUGGUAGUUUGGAAAAGAUAUCCAAGCAUAGCUUAGGUGAUGCCAAUAAAAACGGAUUGAAACAAACUGUGGAAGACAUGGCUGGUGGUACUGCUGCUGUGAAGCCCAAUAUGUCUGUAAAUGAUGAUGGAACUCAACAACAGAAUAAGAGACCCAAGAAGAAGAAGACCAGAUCCAAGAAGAAGAUGAUCGAUUCUGCAACUACUAAUAGUAGUAGUGAAGUUACAAAAGAAAAGUAAGUAGAUGCCACAUCAAUCCCAGAGUGAGUUUUGGAUUUGAAAAUUCACUGCACUACAAUGACAGAAACCAUGGCUGAAGCCUGAAGGGAAUAUCCUAGAUUUUUUAUAGCAGUUGUGAACACCAAUGCUAUUUGAUAUGCUGGAAAAUCUCGGAGAAACGAAGGCCCAGGAGUAGCUGAGAAAAUGUACUGAUGAAUUUAUGUCUCAGAACAGCGUAUAACAUGUUUUCUACAACAUCAUGAUUGGUUGUUGUCUUAUAUGGACAUGGUAACACAAUGAUUUUAUA